AUGUCCGCCUCGGCAGUCUUCAUUCUGGACGUCAAGGGCAAGCCCCUGAUUAGCCGAAACUACAAAGGUGAUGUACCCAUGACGGAGAUUGACCACUUCAUGCCACUGCUUAUGCAGCGUGAGGAGGAGGGCGUGCUGGCGCCACUGCUGAGCCAUGGGCGAGUGCACUUCCUGUGGAUCAAACACAGCAAUCUCUACUUGGUGGCCACCACGCUGAAGAAUGCCAAUGCCUCUCUGGUGUACUCCUUUCUGUACAAGACAGUGGAGGUCUUCUGUGAGUAUUUUAAGGAGCUGGAAGAGGAGAGCAUCCGAGAUAACUUUGUCAUUGUGUACGAGCUGCUGGAUGAGCUCAUGGACUUCGGCUUUCCGCAGACCACGGACAGCAAGAUCCUGCAGGAGUACAUCACACAACAGGGCAACAAACUGGAGACGGGCAAGUCUCGAGUGCCACCCACAGUCACCAAUGCUGUGUCAUGGCGCUCUGAGGGGAUCAAGUACAAAAAGAACGAGGUCUUCAUUGAUGUCAUAGAAUCUGUUAACCUUCUGGUCAAUGCUAAUGGCAGUGUCUUGCUCAGCGAGAUUGUGGGCACCAUCAAGCUGAAGGUGUUUUUGUCUGGGAUGCCAGAGCUGCGGCUGGGCCUCAAUGACAGAGUGCUCUUUGAGCUUACUGGCCUUGCAGGCAGCAAGAACAAGUCUGUGGAACUGGAAGAUGUGAAAUUCCACCAGUGUGUGAGGCUUUCACGCUUUGACAAUGACCGCACCAUCUCCUUCAUCCCCCCGGAUGGGGACUUUGAACUCAUGUCCUAUCGCCUCAGCACCCAGGUCAAGCCCCUGAUCUGGAUUGAGUCAGUCAUUGAGAAAUUCUCCCACAGCCGAGUGGAGAUCAUGGUCAAGGCUAAGGGGCAAUUUAAGAAGCAGUCAGUGGCCAAUGGUGUGGAAAUAUCUGUGCCUGUACCCAGUGAUGCAGAUUCCCCACGCUUCAAGACCAGUGUGGGCAGUGCCAAGUAUGUGCCUGAGAAGAAUGUUGUCAUUUGGAGUAUCAAGUCCUUCCCUGGGGGCAAGGAGUACUUGAUGCGUGCCCACUUUGGGCUCCCUAGCGUGGAAACUGAGGAGGUGGAGGGCCGGCCACCCAUCGGGGUCAAGUUUGAGAUUCCAUACUUUACCGUUUCUGGCAUCCAGGUCCGUUACAUGAAGAUCAUUGAGAAAAGUGGAUACCAGGCCCUGCCCUGGGUCCGCUACAUCACCCAGAGUGGGGAUUAUCAACUUCGUACCAGCUAG